AGAUGAUCAGCUGCUUCCUCUAUUGAUGUGCCAAUAGAAUGCAACAAGUGAGGAGCCUCCCAUAUAAACAGCCAGGUUAGGAGAGCUAACUGUUCCAGUGUCUUAAUGUUAGGUGCCUGGUGGUGUUCUUGCUAUAGAAUGAUGGAUAAGAUUAUGGAUUCUAUCCUUACCUGCAGUCUGGAAUCUGAGGACUAUUACAGUCUCCUAGGCUGUGAUGAGCUCUCCACAGUAAGUAUUGAAAUAUUCAGCAUCUCACUAUUUUUUUUUUUAUUUUAUUUUUUUUUUAAUUCCUUAUUUUAGUUUAGCGAAGAUAAACCAUACAAGCUUACAAUGCCACAACAGCUAUAGUAAGCACGUCAUCAGACAAAGGGUUACCUCUGUUCAUUGUAAAACAGAUCUCUGGGGGAAAACCAAACCACUAAAUAAUACAUUAACAUUUCAGUUAUAUGAUCAAUGUAUGUAGAUAUAUUGGAUUAAUUCAAUGUAUGUAUGAAAUACUUCGUAUUUCUAUAGCUUAUAAGAUAUUGCAUUGUAAUACUUCAAAUAAUCAGUGUUGGAACAGACGAUAUGGAUACAGAGAAUACUUCAUUUUAAGUAUACCUUUUAACAUUAUUUAAAAUCAGAUAUUAAUUGGGGAUGAUGGUGAUGAUGAGAUUUAAUUUAUUUUUCCCUUGAAUCUGUUGUGUAGUUUAAAAGGGAUGGUACAGGUUUCAAAGGGAUUUACAAUGUAGAAUUAUUGCUAUGUCACUGGAAACUCAUUGUGAUUUCUAUGGAUGGCACUUGAUCUACUCCUAAUACUGUAUGACUUUUUUUUCAUGGAGUCUUAAAAUAUGCUGCUCCUCCCCAUUUUUUUUUUUUUUUUGUAUCUUUUAAUAUAAAUAUAAUAUAUAUUCGAAAAUGCCAACAGUUUGCUCUAGUGAAAGCCAGGUAUAUGUAUAUUUAAUCUGUUCUCUUGAUUUUUUUACUUUUUAUUCUUUUCUUACCAAAGAUGACAUAAAAUAGCAGGUAGGUAAUUAAACUAUGAAUGUGUAGUGCUUUUUAACACUCACUUUGAUGUUCUUGGGCACACCUUGCGCACAUCUAUGUAUACAUAAUACAUUAAACCGUGUCAGAUUUAUAUUUUCUCCAUUUUUGGCAGAGAGGAGUAAAUCGUGACUAUUUUGGGACCACCUAAGCCUGGACUCAUUGAUGGUUUAAAACAAGCUUCCCCAAACUCCGGCCCUCCAGAUGUUGCUAAACUACAACUCCUAUGAUUCUCAGCCUAUUUCAUUCAUAGAAUCAUGGGAGUUGUAGUUCAGCAACAUCUGGAGGGCUGGAGUUUGGGGAAGCCUGGAAUGCUGUGCAUGUUCGAAGAUGAAUGAAACGUCUAUCAAAGUGAUCUGCUAUGCAGGCACAGAUCACUCAAUGAGCGCUGUAUAUUAAGACUAGAGAUGUCGCGAACGAACAGCUCGCCACAGUUGGUUCGCGGCGAGCUCCGGUCAGCUGACACAUCCCGGCCAAUCUCCAGCAGACCCUCCCUCCCACCUCCUGGACAGCAUCCAUGUUGAAGUUGCCUUCAGUAGUCUCUCAAACUACCCUCAAAAUAAAAUCAUUUAGGACUGGGUUACUGAAAGUUGAGAGGAAAAAAAUAAAUACUUUGUCUCAAAUUGAAACUAUUUACUUGUGAGUAUUGGAAUAGGAUGGUGGACCUGCAGCCACAUAUUAUUUUGAGGGACCUGCACAAUUAUUAGAUUUGUGCUAGAUGGAAUUUUUUGGUUAGUCUGAAACAAAUUUAAUUUCACCCAAAACUAGGUUUAUCUACUCGUUGAUUUGUUUUGGAAGAAAUGUAUCCAGUAUUUUCAUUUUGGGACUUCCAUUUGGACAAUGGAAUACCAUGAUCUGUCAGUGGUUUAGAAAUAGCUGUUUAAAGGGACACUGUAUGCACUGUAACUGCUUCAUGUUAUUAAACCGCUUUUAAUAUUUGUAUGUUUUUAAUGCUAAACAAGAGCAGUCCCUUCCCUCUGUGAUGCGUUGGCUGAGGAAGUAUUAAUCUGAGCAGCAAUGGGCAGCUGUGAUUGGUUGAGAGUGUCUGACUGUUUUAGCCUAUCAGAUCUCCAACUGCUAGUAUGAAGAGUAUGACUACAAGGAAGUAUGUAAUCUCCAGAAGGGACUGAACUGUGGUGGCCAGAAACUGUUUAGUGUUAAACAGCUCCAAAUGGUUUAGCAUCGAAUUGAAUGUCAGUGCUAAGGGACUCCAGACACCAUAACCAACUCAAUGAGUUGAGAUGGUUAUAGUGAGUACAGUGUUCCCUUAAUAGUUGAUGGCUCAGUAAAUAAAAUUGGUUUCUUAAUGUGGGGUUGCCAUAUUUAAGUGUACCAAAUGAGGGAUCUAUUGACUAAACACACUAUUUUGUCAGUGGUAUCCUUAUAUAUGGGAAUAACACAUAAGGACACUAAUUUUAUGAACUAUUUACAAGGAUAAACUAAUCAAACAAAUUUUAGGUCUGUGCAAUUCGUUCAUUAGUGCCUUCUUCUAAUGAAUGGACAAAAGUGUUGAUUUUCAUCCACAUUGCUUCACCCAUUACCCCCCUCCACGCCCCAAAUGCCAAAGUAUAAGAAAUAUCGUUAUGCUCACACUCUCCAUAUGCUGAGGAACGCUUCAAGGCCCAAGUGGCUAAUACUUACAAUGCUUACCUGCUCCCAAAGGACCCUAGGCAGAUCAUCGGUUUGGGCUCCUCUACAUUUUUCACAUAGGGGUGGUGAAUAGGGCCAAGUACAUUUAGGGUUCUGGGGCCCCUGUCUAUGGCGACCAGGAAAUUUGUCCUGGUGUCUGGGAUUUGUGAGCCUGUUCAGCCCCUGAGGUGACUGGCUGGCCGAGAUUGGAGGCUGGCACGCAGGGCUGAGGCUGGCAGCCAGGGGGAUGUUCAGCUAAUUGAGAGCUGAGGGAAGGAAACGGCCGGCUGAUUGAGGGAGGCGGCGAAGAAGCUGUAUUCUCUCUGCUCUGCUUUCUUGCGCGCCCUCCUGUAAUGCUGGGAGCCUGAAUAUGACAUCAUUCCGGCCCUGCUCUAAACAGCAUUUAAGGGAGCCGAGCAAAGAGAAGACAGGAGCCCUACUGGACCUCGGGGAAAGCUAAUUAAAGGUAGGGAAGCUGGGUGGGUUUAAAAUAAUAAAAGUAAUGACGUGUGUGUGUAUAUUUAGGUUACCUGCGCCCUCCAAUCACAUGACAAAGGUGUUUCUACUCGCCCUUUUUCCAAUGUUGUGCUUUUGACGCUGCAGCUGCACCCACCUCCAUGGUUGAGAUUAUCAGUUUUGCUAAUCUCAGGCAAUCCAAUGCUUUCCUAUACUAAAAGAUAGGAAGACAAUUGUGCAUGCGCGGCAAAAUGCCAUGCUGCGCAAUCAACUUCUCCUCGUAGAGAUGCAUUGAAUCAAUGCCCCCCUAUAGGGAGCAUUAAUGUAGGUACUGCACGCUGUGCAGUACUGAAACGGGAAGCACUUCUAGAGGCUGUCUGAGUGACUCACUAGAGGUGUUACCAGACAGCAAUGUAAACCAUGCCUUUAGUAUGAAAAGUUAGUGUUUACAUUGAAAAGCGUGCAGGGACAGUAUAUAGACUUCCGAACAACCACAUUAAGCUGUAGUGUUUCUGGUGACUAUAGUGUCCCUUUAAGAAUUGUAUUUUUUACGUUGAAAAAUCUGGCUCCUAGAUUUCAAGCAAAUUUGUCAAGCCCUGUCCUAGGUUAAUACUGUGUUGCAUUUUCCACCCCUCAAACACAUUUGCCUAAUUUCUCUUCACUAAAAAACCCUCAUCUUGUAAACACAGUCUCCCUGCACAAAGUGCCCAUUUAAAGGGACACUAUAGUCACCUGAACAACUUUAGCUUAAUGAAGCAGUUUUGGUGUAUAGAACAUGCCCCUGCAGCCUCACUGCUCAGUCCUCUGCCAUUUAGGAGUUAAAUCCCUUUGUUAACCCCUUAAGACCGCAGGGCGUACUAUUACGUCCUCUAAUAGGCGGCUCUAAACGCCGCCGGGCGUAAUAGUACGCCCUCCGGUCUUUCUGUACUUACCCGGUCGCCGGCGGUCCCACGCCGGCGAUGGCGGUGGGGGGGACUCCCAGGGAGCCCCCCGCGGCACGACCGUCCUCCAGGAAGCCCCCCGGCCGUGUGAGAGUGGGGUCCUAGCGAGGACCCCACAAUCACAUGGCCGGGUAUAGCUGGCUUCUGUAUUGCCAGCAGGGGGGCUACCUGUAAUUACAGGGGGUCCCCCUGCUGGCUGAAAAUAAAAGUAAAAUAAGUUAAAAGUGUAAAAAAAUAAAAUUAUAUAUACUUAGAUCAUAUAUAUAUAUUAUAUAUAUAUGAUCAAAGUAUAUAUAUACACAUAUACAUACACACAUGUACACGGUCUAGGUGUAUUUUACUAUUAAUAUAUAUAUAAUUAUAUAUAUAUAUUAAUAUCAAAUUACACGUAGACUGAUACUGAUUAAAUAUAUAUAUAAUUAUUGUUAUAUAUAUAUUUAUAUAUAUUAUAAAAAAAAAUUAAAUGUAAAUACGUUAAAAAAUAAAAUUACAAAAAUAAUUAAAAAUAAAUAAUUAAAAAAUAUAUAGAUGUGUGUUAUUUCGUUCUAACUGUAUUGUGAAAUUAAUAUAUAUAUAUAUAUAUCAAAAUACACAUAGAACGAAAUAAUAUAUAUAUUUAUACACAUAAAUAUAUACGUAUAUAUCACUAUAUAUAUACCUAUAUAUAUAUAAAAAUAUUUUUAAAAAAUUAUAUAGAUAUAUACAUAUAUAUACACAUACGUAUAUAUAUACAUAUAUUGAUUCUACAUAUAUAUUUAUGUAAUAUUUUUACAUAAUUAGGUAUCUUAAUUAAUUACAAUUAGCGGGACCUGCCUGACAACCCAUGCCGAAAGUAAAGGAAUUUAAUUUGCUAGCACUAUAUUUAACCCUAUAACUUUCCAAGACACCAUAAAACCUGUACAUGGGGGGUACUGUUCUACUCGGGAGACUUCGCUGAACACAAAUAUUAGUGUUUCAAAACGGUAAAAUGUAUUACAAAGAUGAUAUCACCAGUAAAAGUGACGUUUUUUGCAUUUUUCACGCACAAACAGCAUUAAACGGACAAUAUUAUUGCUAUGAUACUUUUUACUGUUUUGAAACACAAAUAUUUGUGUUCAGUGAAGUCUCCCGAGUACAACAGUACCCCUCAUGUACAGGUUUUAUGUGUUUUCAAAAGUUACAGCGUCAAAUAUAAGGCUUGCGUUUCAUUUUUUUCACAUUAAAAUUCGCCAGAUUGGUUACGUUGCCUUUGAGACCCUAUGGUAGCCCAAGAAUGAAAAUUACCCCUAUGAUGGCAUACCAUUUGCAAUAGUAGACAACCCAAGGUAUUGCAAAUGGGGUAUGUCCAGUCUUUUUUGGUAGCCACUUAGUCACAAACACUGGCCAAAAUUGGCGUUUUUUGCAUUUUUCACACACAAACAAAUACUAACGCUAACUUUGGCCAGUGUUUGUGACCAAAUGGCUACUAAAAAAGACUGGACAUACCCCAUUUGCAAUACCUUGGGUUGUCUACUAUUGCAAAUGGUAUGCCAUUAUGGGUGUAAAUUUCAUUCCCGAGCUACUAUACAGUCUCAAAGGCAACGUAACCAAUCUGGCGAAUUUCAAUUUCAAAUGUAACGUGCUAUAUUUGACCCUGUAACUUCCCAAAACGCCAUAAAACCGUACAUAGGGGGUACUGUCUUACACGUGAGACUUUACUGAAUACAAAUAUGUGUAUUUUUAUUGCAGUAAAAGCAAACAGUAUUAUGACAUUGACCGUUAAAAUGUCAUGUAGAACUAAAAAAAUCGUAUUUUCUCCCAUUUUUUCAUAUUAAAUUAUGUUUCAUAGCUAAAUAUUUGAUAUUAAAUGAAAGCCCUGUUUCCCCUGAAUAAAAUGAUAUAUAAUAAGGGUGGGUGCAUUUACUAUGAAAGAGGUGAAUUACGGUUGGACAGACAUGUAGCGCAAAUGCCAGGUUUUGUUUACAUUUUGUUUUGUUCACAACGUGUACAUUUGGCUCCGUCCUUAAGGGGUUAAUGAACCCUAGUCACAGCUCCCUGCAUGUGACUUGCACAGCCUUCCAUAAACACUUCCUGUAAAUAGAGCCCUAUUCUCUGUUUAAUUAAGAUUUUCUUAUCCCCUGCUAUAUUAAUAGCUUGCUAGACCCUUCAAGAGCAUCUGGUAUGUGAUUAAAGUUCAAUUUAGAGGUUGAGAUACAAUUAUUUAAGGUAAAUUACAUCUGUUUGAAAGUGAAACCAUUUUUUUUUUCAUGCAGGCUCUGUCAAUCAUAGCCAGGGGAGGUGUGGCUAGGGCUGCAUAAACAGAAACAAAGUGAUUUAACUCCUAAAUGACAGUGAAUUGAGCAGUGAAAUUGCAGGGGAAUGAUCUAUACACUAAAACUCCUUUAUUUAGCUAAAGUAAUUUAGGUGACUAUAGUGUUCCUUUAAGAUAACAGAGCUAUCUCCUUUUCACCCUCUAAAUUUAUGGGCACGUGGGGGAAGCAUCAGUGUCUUCGGAAACCUUUUCCUGAUGUUAAAAAUAAAUUACUACAAUUAGCUGUACCCAUUUCCAAGGAUCGUACCACACCAGUACCCCUUUUUUUUUUUAUGGUUAGUUUGUAUAGUAGUCAUUGUGUCAACACAAACUUUCUUCAUUUUUAAUGCUUUAAAAAAAAAAAGUGUGGAAUAUAUGAGCAAUGAUUUUGGAAGCCACGUUUUAUGCCUAAUUUAACUUUGACUAACUCUGAGACAUUAACUGUGAAGAGCUGGCAUGAAUAUUGCAUCCACUGGGACUCUCCUCGCGAGUAGGGGGUUAGGGCAUAUAUUAACCCAUUUACUUUUUAAUAUUCACCCACUAUCAAAAUAAGGGAGGUGAUUAUACUAACCUAUCCAGUUUAAUAGGUAUUUUUACAUUAUAUCCUCUCCUUUGUCUUGGAGUAAGAGCAUAAGUAAGUGGAAUAUCAACUCAAAACAACUGACCCUAACAUCACUGCCCAUAGUAAUAUGGGUGCCUCCCACCUCCCCACAUAGUUGCUGCACUCUCCUACAUUUGUGGGGUUCCUGUGAGCCAGUCAGGUUUCCACAUCUUGGGUGAAGGGGAAGGGAGAUAUUUCCACCCAGUACUUUUGGAGGUCAGGGUAUGAAAGACCUUUUAUUGGGAUAUGACCUAUAUAAUAUAAAAAAAGAAAAUGCUAAUAUCUUGUGGUCGGCACACCAUAGUUAUUCACAUGCAGUUUAGUAAAUAUAGGAUAGCGUGACUCCAAGCACCCGAGUGAUUGUUUGUUUAUAAAACAUGGUUUCAAGGUCUCUCAUUGAUUUGGUGGUAGGAGGCAGGAGGAGCAGGGGUGGUCUGUUUGUUUAACAUAAAUGAGAACUAACCAUUGAGAAGGUUAUCAGCAAUCCUGUUUGCUACUACUUUUGUUCUUUAAAGUGUUAUCGGGACCCAUCGAGUGACCAGAAUGUCACAAUGUUCCUGUAUUAGCAUAGGUAUUUACUAGAGAUCUUUGGGUCCUGGUCCCAUGAUGGAUCCUGAUAUUGUGGACAUGUUAAAAACCAGUCUCAGUAAGAGUUUUACUGUAAACCAACACCUUAUUAAUUAUUCCUAUAAAGUCUGAAAUAGGUAAGUACCUGAGUGAGGUCUUUGGCAUUGCACACUCUAAUUUUGGAAUACAGUUUUAAAAAGCUGUUUUACAGUGUACUUGGGUACCAACCUUCAUUUGUCAAUACAUAUCAUCUUAAACUCCAAUGAAAGCACUGUAUGCUACUAAUGGCAGGUAAUCCCUGGGACACUAAUAAAGUAUAAUAUUACAGUACACAUUUUGGUAAUUAUUAUUUUAUUUUUUUUUAGGUUGAGCAAAUUCUUGCAGAAUAUAAAGUUCGAGCCCUUGAAUGCCACCCUGACAAGCAACCUGGAAACAAAAAAGCAGGUAUAUUCACAUAUAUAUUUUUUUUAAUGAUCUGUAUUUGUACAGGCUAUGCUACAGAGUAACAUUAUACAACGCACACGGGAUCAUAUUCUUGAUUAGCCAAUCAAUGUAACAUGUUGCCCUCAUGACUGCUGAUUGGAAAUGUCUAUGCCAAGGGUAGGCAACCUUCAGCACUCUAGAAGUUGUGGACUACAUCUCCCUUGAUGCUUUGCCAGUAUUGUGGCUACAAGGGCAUUCUAGGAGAUGUGCCGAAGGUUGUCUAUCGCUGGUCUGUGCUAUGGUGGGUACUCCAAUGGGUAUCUGUUUAGCACUGCUUUAAAAAAAAAGUUUGGCAUCAUUUCAGAAACAGUGUAAAACCAUCACAUUUACGAGUGUGGUGUUUUUUUCUUUUUUUAAUUAUUAAAGGCAUUCAUGAGAACGAAGUAUGCGAGCAGUAAUACAUUUUAAAAAUAACAUUUAUCGCUGCUCUAAUCUCACAGGAGGUGUAGAUCCUCUCUCGUUCUCACUCAAUGUUUGGGGUUGUGUUUGCAGAGGCUCAUCAUAGCCCCUUGUGGUUUGCACCUUGUGACAACUGUAUUUAAAAUUCUUACUUUUUUUUUUUUUUUUUUUCUUUUUAUUAGAUUACUUCAUAAGCUUUACAUGAAUCCUUCUUUUUUUUUAAAAAAAAAAAUUUUUUUUUUUUUUUUUAUUUGUAGUGGAAGAUUUCCAGAAGCUACAACAGGCCAAGGAAACUCUUACUAAUGAGGCUAGUCGAGCUCAGUAUGAUUACUGGAGGCGAAGCAAAAUCAUGAUUCCAUAUUCGCAAUGGGAAGCCCUGCAUGAUUCCCUAAAAAUGGUGAUGUAUAACUUUAUUUUCUAACAAGAAACUGACAAAGCAUCAUGGGAGUUCUAACUGUUUAUUUUAUUCUCUGAGUAAUCCAGUAUAUGAAAUACCCAAACAAUUGUCUGUGCCUGGAAUUAAUUUAACAUGUUUCAAAAGCAAAAUUUAAAAGAAAUGAAUAAAAGUGCAUGUUAAGUAUAUCUGCGCAUUUAAAUCUGACUUUUCAGCUUGACAAAUGUUUCCCAGCAAUGUUUUGUAUGUGAUGUGUAAUUGUGCAAGCAUUUGUUUUUAUGGGGUGGGAGUCAGAGGGCAAUGAAUCCUCCGGUUUCUCGUUCCUUGCAACAUAGUAAAUAUUUCCCAAUCUCGGUCAUUCCCACGUGCUGUUUUUGUAUUUUGUGUACUGUUUUGGUACAUUUGUUUAGAAGGGGUGUGUUAAUAAGGUUUUCCCCUCCACAUACACUUGCACAACCUUGUCUAGGCAGUCGUAGGUCAAUCUCCGUCAUACACAAGAGAUGGCUAAUGCUUGCAAUGCCUACUGUGCUGGGCUACUGCUGCAGCUUCUAUAUAAAUGUCAAAAUAACAUUCUUUGGUGCUUACAGCUAUUGUGACCUACCUCAAUUACUAAUGUAACCCUAGCUCUGUCACAGAAACCAUGGAGGAUAGGUGUGGUAUGCAUAUCCUGGUUUUGUUGAGGGAGUGAAAUCUACUGGUUGUGAAAUAGUAAUGACAAGUGUGUGUGUGUGUGUUAGAAAUAAACAUGUGUAUCUAUAGCUUUAUGGUAUUGAAUAAGACAUUACCUCUUGAUUGGUCAAGGGUUGAGUACAUGGUGUUAAAUAGGUGGAGUCUAAUUCUUAGAGCAAAGUCAAGCAGCGUCCCAUCUCUAUUUACAUCUUUACCAUCAGUCACUGGCCUUGAAUAUACCACGAAGGGCUAUCCUUUUGAAGUGCAGUUACUGUGCCGGUUUUCUGAAAUCAUUUAGUUGAUUUGCUGACUGAAAAUCCUGUCAUUGAAACUUGUCUGCAACAAUAUUGCCAAGGGAUAUCCAUUUUUUAUUUAUUUUUUUUAGUUAUGCAUGGAUGCUGGAAACAAACUAUAGGCUGCCGGCAGUCUGAGCUAUUUUCUACAUGUUGACACAGUUUGUGUGCAUUUUCUAGAAGAAUUGACAGACCACUUGCCAUUAGUCACAUGGGAUAUAAUUCAUACAAAUGCAUGUCUUUCUAUUUGCUCAGGUGUAACAGAUUAUUGUCUGGGUUUUUUAUGCACUACGUAAACGUUAGGGUAAAAACUGCAGUAUUUAACCAGGAGAGAGAGAGAGAGAGAGAAUCAGUUUGUUUUCUAUGAUUCGUUCACACAUAUGGCAUGCGCCAUAAUUAAUAAGAAGGAACAGUUUAGUUAUGUACUAACAUGUAUUUUUAUUUAUUUUUCUCUCUUUAGUCCAUGCAUUGGGCAGUUAGAGAACAGAAAGAACCAAUGCUAGAGGCUCCUCUAACUAAUCCAAAAAAUGAUGAUUCUGACUCCAUUAUAUUUAAUUCUGGAGAAAAAGGAAGUGACAUUAUCAAUGAAAAGGACAUGUCAAACGAAACCCCAAAAGACAUUGAUUUGCUAUCGCCCAAAAGCCCUGAAGGUGAGAAAAUAUGACUUUUGAAUUUUAGACAUUUUUACAGAAAAUGUUUGUUUUUUUCAAUCGAAUAUCCAUCUAUCAGAUAAUAUCUAGAAAAUCUGAACUAUAAAAUUGUCUGGCUUGUAUUUCUGUCUUGAUCCCAAUCUGAUUUUACUAUCUAUUUAAUAAAAAAUAAAUGUUUAACAUCUAAACUCUACAUGAAUACAUCGGGUAACAUGCACAAAAACAGAACUUCGUUUGACACACCACAAUAUACUGUAGGUUUUAAGAUCCCAGCCUGUAAACACAGAAUUUACACUACAUUUAGUACACUAUAAACAAAUGGUGAUCUUCCAAACUGAUAAUCAUUAUUCAAAUCAUUUUGUGACGGGUAUUCAAUAUCGCACUACAGUCUAGAUUUAUUUAUUUUUGUCCCCUCCUCCCUCUUGUGCUUUCGUGUUUUUCAGUGUGCAUAUUGUAGUUGGUAACAUCUUGUAAGAUGGUAAUACACCUAUACAGUAUUAGCUAUUACAUUCAUCAGGUGGUGAGCCAAGUCAUGAGACCUGGGGAUAGUGAGCAUUAUAUCUAAAUUAUUAGGAAUUCCCAUAUACUGCUUGAUUACAGCUUUAGAUCUUGUAUUCCGUAUGAUGUGUCCUUAUUAGGGUAGAAUGACCUGUAUCUCCUGUUACUAAUUAGAGUUCCCUGUAAUGCACAAUGGCUAAAACAAAAACCAAGAAUUACAGGAAACAAACUGUAACCGUUCGUACUCCAAUUUACCGAUAUAACGUCUUAUAACUUAGAAUUUAGCAGGGCUAACCAUACAGAUAUCUUAGCUAAAUAUUGUAUAGUCGGUAUAGAGUUUCUCUAUUUAAAAUACAUAAAUAAUUGAGAAUACAAUAAAAAUAGGAGUUGGAAGCAAUAACUUUUGUCUUAUUAAUAUAGUUUAUUGGAUAAAUGAAUAAAGAUCCAUUAAUAUAUCAUAAAGCAGAGUAUACAAGAUUAAAUGAAUAAAUGCUUGCAAUAUAAUUAGUAUAACAUACCCUCCUGAUUAUACAGGUAAUCUCUCAGUAUGUCACCUCCAGAGUCGGUCAGUAUGUCUCUAUCUAGCAUUGAUCUAGCAUGUAUAUAUAGUAUAGCAUUUCUAAUUACUACUGGUAAUGUAUGGGUUAAUUCAUCUUAGGGUUAAAAGCAGUUCAUAUAUAAAAAUAAAGGAAAAACACCCUUAUCAGUCUAAUGUCAUAACCUAGACAUCUUUAAUCUGUAUUUGGACUAGAAGUUAGGUUGACAUACACCUUAGGGUUAAGAGAAGGUCAUAUAACAAAAUAAGUCUAAUGUCAUAACCUAGACAUCUUUAAUCUGUAUUUGGACUAGACGUUAGGAUGACAUAGGCAUAUCCUUGAAUUGUUAUUGCAUUAAAUUAAGACAAGAUGGAGUAAACAUGUUGUGUACUGUAAAUAGGUAAAAGGUUAUUAGUUAAAGAAACAGUUGCAGUUUAAAGAAAUACAAUGUAGCAAUGUGUAUUAUACCCACAAUUGCCCAUCACAAAACUCAUGGAUGACAUCCCUGUCCAUGCAAUAUGGGCUUCUAAAGAAUGUUUUGGGUGAAUGGAAAUUCUAAACUAAUCAUCAUGCCUCAUCUAUUUUGGUUCUUUGUGAGUCAAACAUCCGGAAACUCUCAAAUGCCCAUUAUGGCAAAUCAAUAUUAAAGGGUUACUCCAACCACCAUGACUACUUCAGUGACUUGAAGUUGUCAUGGUGGUAGGACUAUGUAUGUGCAGUGUUUCAUCUUUAAGCACUGCACAUUGAGAUUGUGUUAACUGUGUGCUAGGAGCAGCACAGGUGACUUAGGCAAAGCACCCGGGUGCCAAACGUCAAUUCUGUGUAUAUUUUGCUAAUGUCGCCCGCGUGCAUAGCAUGCUGCUGACAGCUGUAAAUAUCUUACCCUUGCAGGCAGAGUACCUGCAAGGGGGGAGAAUACUCUCAUCUCCCCUCCUUCCAUUUAAGAACUGGGAGAAAUUGUCGGCCCGAGUGCGUGCACUCUGAGCAACCGAAUCAUUCCAUUCACAGGCUUCUCUAUGAGAAGCUGGGAUUGAACUUGGUGCAACCGCCUGUGACAUCAAAUAGAGGCGUGGCAAGUGAAGCUGGAUUCCAGAUGAGUAAUAAUGUUAUCUAUUCAAUAUGGCAGCUUUCAAGGUUGAAGAGGGGGUAGGGAUUACGUGGACUGUAGGCAAACUCAACUGGUCUUUCAAUAUGAUGAUUGUAAUCAAACAAGUCUCUUAUUGGUCUUGUGACUUUUCUAACUUGACUUCCAGUGGUUCUCAAAUCAUUCCCUGAGGCACACCAAUGAUUCACUUUUUGUCAGUAUCCUCACUCGGAAAUGCCUAAGCCUUGGUUUUUGAUGCCUUGAGAACUGGGUUAGAAACCACUCAAGUAGAUGUCAUUGUAGAAGUCCAGCAGGGGUACUACUGAAAUCAUAAAUUCUAUACCUGUCUUAUUGCAUGCCUAUUCAAUAAAAGGUUGAUAUUUUGCAGGAAGUAAAGACAUGGCUAAUGGCCUCUUGCGUUUCCGUUGGUCUGCUGAAGCUCCUUCCGAUCUUCUUCGUAAAUUCCGAAAUUAUGAAAUCUAAGUACUAUACAUUUCGACUGUGUUCUCUUCUCUAUUCUUCCUUUUUUUUUUUUCUUUAAAUCAAUGAUCUUGUGAAUAGCACAUGGUUUGUGUAAAAUACUAUUCUAUGUAUUUUUUUUUUUUUUUGUAUAUGUGUGUGUGCAACUAUAGGAUAAUAUAAGCUAAUAUAAGUUGCUGGACAUCUAAAUAUAACUUCACUCUGAUACAGUGAAAAGAUAUGUUCAUUUCAUUUACUUCUGUGUGUAAUCAUGAUAUACCUCUAAAAUGUGUAUCGAUCAAUUAACAUGUAGUAGAGCGUAUUGUGCUUUAAGAGAAAAUGUAUUCUUUAUAGACUUACAUGUUCAAUUUAAAUAUAGUGCAAUGAUCUGUGUAAGAAUUACAUUUCAUAUCUUGACUUGCAUAUGAUUAUUGGCUCUAACUGGAGAAGAUGAAAUGCGGUUUACCAAGACCCAUAAUGGUAGAAAUGUAAAAAAACGAUGUGACGUUGUCUAGUGAAAGUGCCAAAGAACUGCUUAACAUUUGGAAAUUGCAAUAUUUUUUUUUCAAUCUAUUUAAUAUUUAAUAAUACAAUUGUUUGUUUUAUAAAUAGCUGGUUUUGAAUAAAUGUUUAUGCCAAACAUGGAAAACCAAAGAUUGUCAUGCAGUUUUUAUACAUAAUGAUUAUGUGGGGUUGCAUAGGACGUGCAAAAAUUAGACUUUUCUAUCCCACCAAUGGAAGAGGAAGAACCUGAAAAAACCCUGUGGUGGUGAGGAGAGGUUAUAUGAAAUCCUAAUGAAACACUACAGUCACCAGAACCACUACAGCUUAAUGUCUAAAGUCAGCCCCUGCAGGCAGAGUACUUAAAAUGUUUACAGUCGUUUAAUGUAGUCAAACUCCAUUACAAUCUAGGAAGCGCACUACAUGUAGUCGAAGUCCUACAAUGGAGACAUUGGCGUUUUUUCAAAAUGCAAUGUUUUACAUUGCAGGACUAAGUGGGAAAGGGACACUUGAAACCAAGGCUGGUUCCCUUAUUUACCACUAUAACGUGUUAAAGCAUAGAACUUAGCAGGGCUAACCAUACAGAUAUCUUAGCCAUAAUAUUAUAUAGUUAGUAAGAGAU